AUGCGCGAUGACGAUGCAGACCGGGUGCUGGAUGCGGAGCAGUGGCGGCUGGAAGCUCAGGCGGUAAUCAACGACGUGAAAAAGCACGUGCAGAACCUAAGAGUGUCCGAGCGGCUAAUCAGCACGAACCAGGUCAUUUACUUAAACCUGAUCACGCUGGAGGGUCUGCGGUUUUGCGUGGAACUGUCAGCGGCCGGCUUCGCUAUCGUCGGUAAUCGGCACGACGACACGUCGAAUACGGGCAAUGAGCGCUUCGAAACGCCUUACAGCCUCCUGAACUUCGUCAGUCCGCAGUACAGAAACUCCUUCGGGAACGCACUAUUAGAUAAACUGAAGGAACUAAGCGAUAAACAGUAGAUUUCGGAAGAUAAUAGAAA